CUCUUCCCACCCAUUAAUUAAACCUCGCUGUUGUUAACAAACCUGAGAAUCCUCUAUCUCCCAGUACUCCCAUGGCUGCCCCCUCAAGCAGUGGGAAUAAUCCUCCUGCCUUCACACCUUCUGCAUCCCAUGAAGACAUUCUCCUUCCUUUCCAAAACCUGGGCUUGACCAGCAAAAGCUUUAGCAAUAAUAAUAAUAAUCUCCAGCUCCCUUCUCAUCAGAGCCAUAAUCUCAACUUGGCGCCGCCGCCAUUGAUGAACCAAGAACAAUGGAGGAGAAUCACCCAGCAGCAGCCUCUGCCCACACUACCCAGAACUCCUGGGAAUCUCUGGGCACCUGCUGGCACUUUAUUCACUCCCAGAACAGAAAACAACAGCCAUGGCGAAUGCAGCAGUUCUUGGAACCGCCAACUUGGGGAUGGUCAAAAUCUGGGUUGUUAUGAUGGGCUGGUUGCAAUGGCGAAAACGCAGAGAGGGUCAAUGGAGCUGAACAAGUGUCUUAGGAGUGGGAAUCGGAGGGAGAGGCAAGAGAUUGUGGAUUGGGUUAUUAUCGGUGGGUGCAUGUUUGAGGUGAUGAUGCACAAACCACGAGUUGUUUCUCUCCCUAUCUCUUCUCAAGCAUGGGUCAAGUGCCGUGCAGGGAUUUAUCAAGAAACUUAAAAGGACAGGGUUGGGCCAAUAUAUUACAUCAAUACUGUCUAGUAGAUUUGUGGAGCUAAUGAAAAGUGAACAUGGUA